AGCUGAAAAGAGCAAUGCUGAUGAUACCCGUCGUUCCCUAGCUGUCCUGUCUCUUUGGCUCGGUCAACGGGAUCUACGAUGUACAGAGUACAAAGGGUGUGCAGACCCGCCCUUGGGAGCUGCUCCUUUCAAGCAAUCUUGCCAGCCGCACGUCAAUAUACUCCUCAGCAUCAGUCUCUUUGAAUCAGUUCCAGUCUCAAAGCAGUGCCCAUAUCAUUAUGAAGUCAUUCACUGUCGCUGCCCUUGUGGCCUCUGCUGCCGCGGCGCCAUUCAAUUUUCCACUGUCCAAUGGCUUUCCCAGUCCAAGCAACGACGCCAUUGCCACCAUUCAAAAGCAAGCAGGAGGUCCUCUUCCAAAUACGCCCCUCCCAACUGAGCUCUCCGAUGGUGUAGUCACGUCGCUCCAGCUUAUUGCUGCCAAUGAGAUAUUUGAGGUUGCUUACUUUACUGAGCUAUACCACAACAUCACUGAAAACGUGCCUGGAUACGAGGCUACGGAGGAGGAUCGCUACUUCGUCACUCAAGCAAUCAGACGCAUAAGGGCCCAAGAAGAGCUUCACGCCCUCGGUGCCAACGCCAUCCUCAAGAACGCUGGCAAGCCGACCGUCGGGGCUUGCGAGUAUAACUUUCCGGUCAACUCCUUCCAGAGCGCUAUAAAGCUUGCCAACACAUUCACUGAUGUUGUUCUCGGUGUCCUUCCUGCCGUUCAGUACCUCGCUGGUACUAACGGAGGUGCUCAAGGGCCAGCUCUGAUCCCACUCAUCGGUUCCAUUGAGGAGCAGGAGGCACAGCAAACUGGAUGGUUCCGUACCCUCCGCGGCAAGCUCCCAUCUGCUGCCCCCUUCCUCUCCCCAACUACCCCUGAGUUCGCUUUGUCCGCCGUCCUCCAGUUCAUCGUCAAUGGUACUUGCCCGCCAGAAUAUGCUGCCGUUACUUCGGCUGUCAAGUCCUUCCCUCCCUUGAACGUCGUCAAGGCUCCUUCCGAGGACGUCCAGACAGCUUACUACUCUGUUGAUGGAACAAUCGCCAGCGGCAAUGUUCUAGCCUAUAUCACUGGUCAGAGCCUUCCCGUAGUCGUUGCUAUUGAGAACGCUAAGACAGAGGAUGGCAAAACUACUUUCUCUGCCGCCUUCCCUGCCAUCGCCCAAUCUUUCUCAGAUGGUCUCACCGUUGCUGCUGUCGUCAGCUCCAACCAGACAUUUGCCAAUGCUACUCAGGUUGCUCAGAACACAGUCUUUGGCCCGGGUCUUAUCGAGUACCAAUAGAUGACCGCUUUUG